AUGGCUGGUUUUGCCGACAAUGACGUGCAGAAGCUUCUCCAGCAGGCCGAGGAGCGCCUCAGCGGCGGCCGCAUAGUUCCAAAGCAAGCCUCGACGGCUUCGACAACGGCCAAGCCCGUAGGAGAGGAUGCGAAGGUUUUGCCUUCUAAGCAGGAGAAGACACAAGUCCGCGUGCCGCGACCGCAGGUAGCAGCAUCAGAGCAGCGGAAGGGUAAGAACACAGCAGGGCCUGAGUGGUUUGACCUCCCCAAAACCGACCUGACGCCAGAGUUCAAGAGAGACUGGCAACUGUUGCGCAUGCGAAAUGUUCUAGACCCUAAGCAGCAGAGAAAAGCCCUACGAGCUUCUGCCCCCGUUUAUUCCCAGGUGGGCAGAAUCAUUGCCAGCCCAACCGAUCCAUAUAGCGCGAGACUGGGGAGCCGAGAGAAGAAGAAGACGCUAUCAGAAAGUAUCAUGUCCGCACAUAAUGACACAAAGCUCGCGUCCAAGUAUUCUUCUAUCCAGGAGACGAAGAGACAAGGACGAAAGGCAUUCUAUAAAUCAGUAGUUGCCAAGCGACGGAAAAGAAAUUGA